AUGGACCACGAGUCUCAGAGUGAUAUCCGCCGUCCGAAGAAGCUCAUCUUCGCACCAGGGGACAUACCCCCAACCCCAGGCCUAAAGGCCAGCACAAUCCCACAACCCCAAUUCCAAGACCAAGAUGAACCCACCACCCCAGACCUGCGCAGCGCAACCUCCACCCCAACCUCAACAACGGAAACCCAAAUACUCUCCAACCCGUCCCGCGCCCACCAAUUCACAACAAACCCACCCCUAACAAUCUCCCAAAUCCACAAUACAAACCCCCUCCACCAAUUCCACACCUGGUUCCGCGACCCGCGCCUGGUAGCAUCCUCCGCGCCAGAAACAUGCACAUUGGCCACGGCAUCCAUGCCCUCCGGCCGCGUUAGUGCCCGAGUCGUUUACCUCAAGGAACUGGAUGAGCGUGGCUGGGUCGUGUAUAGUAACUGGGGCAGUCGUGAGGGGAAGGGGGGACAAGUAUUCGGCACUGGAAACGGGGAGGGGAACGAUGACACAUUAGCCGCAAUGCCAGAACCAGACUCGAUCCAGCAGGAAAUCGGAGUAGGCAACAAAUGGGGCGCGCUUACAUUCUGCUGGUUGAAUGUCGAGCGUCAAGUCCGCGUUGAGGGACUACUCGAACCGCUUAGUCGGGAGGAGAGCGAGUUGUAUUGGCGGACGCGCGAGAGGGGCAGUCAGAUUGGUGGCUGGGCGAGUUGGCAAAGCCGUGUGCUUUGGGAUGCUGAUCCGGAGAUGUUAACUGAGCGGCAGAGGAGAAAGAGUGUGGCGGUCUUGCAGGAGGGGGUUGCUGGGAUUGUUCCGGUUGAUAUUGAGGAGACGGAUAUUGAGGAUGGGAGAGCUUUGCUUGAGGCGAGGGUUAAGGAGAUGGAGGCCAGGUUUGAGGGGGUCAAGGAUAUUCCGUUGCCACCUUUCUGGGGCGGUGUUAGGCUUGUUCCCGAGUCUGUGGAGUUUUGGCAGGGGAGAAGGAGUCGCUUGCAUGAUCGGUUUAGGUAUGUUCGUGUUGGGGGUGAACAUGGCGAGGGCGCGAGGUGGAGGGUUCAGAGGCUUUCGCCGUAG